CCUGUCAGGAUGUUCAUGCAUUUGGAGGUUUUCUAUUACAUCUUCAUUCUCCUGGCUAACAUGAACUCAUACUGCUGCUGGUCAGUGAAUAAUUUCUUGAUGACUGGACCCAAGGCCUACCUGAUCUACUCCAGCAGCGUGGCAGCAGGAGCUCAGAGUGGCAUUGAGGAGUGCAAAUACCAGUUCGCAUGGGACCGAUGGAACUGUCCCGAGAGAGCUCUGCAGCUGUCCACACACAGCAGCCUCCGCAGCGCAAACCGGGAGACGGCGUUCGUCCAUGCCAUCAGCUCUGCUGGGGUCAUGUACACACUGACCAGGAACUGCAGCCUCGGGGAUUUUGACAACUGUGGCUGUGACGACAGCAGGAACGGACAGCGUGGUGGUCAUGGGUGGCUCUGGGGUGGCUGCAGUGACAACGUUGGCUUCGGGGAGGCCAUUUCCAAGCAGUUCGUUGAUGCUUUGGAAACUGGGCAGGAUGCACGGGCGGCCAUGAACCUUCAUAAUAAUGAGGCUGGGCGUAAGGCUGUAAAGGGCACCAUGCAGAGGACGUGUAAAUGCCACGGUGUCUCCGGCAGCUGCACCACCCAGACCUGUUGGCUUCAGCUGCCAGAGUUCAGGGAGGUGGGGAACUACCUGAAAGAGAAGUACCACAGGGCUCUGAAGGUGGACCUCCUCCGUGGAGCUGGGAACAGCGCAGCCAGCCGGGGCGCCAUCGCUGACACCUUUAGUUCUAUUUCUCGUAAGGAGCUGGUCCACCUAGAGGACUCCCCAGACUACUGCCUGGAAAACCGCACCCUGGGUUUGCCGGGCACGGAGGGGCGCGAGUGUCUGAAGAAGGGCAAGAACCUGAGCAAAUGGGAGAAACGCAGCUGCAAGAGGCUUUGUGGGGAGUGCGGCCUGGCUGUGGAGGAACGCAAGGCCGAGAUGGUGUCGAGCUGUAAUUGCAAAUUUCACUGGUGCUGUGCUGUGAAGUGUGAGCAGUGCAGAAAGACAGUGACCAAAUACUUUUGUGUAAAAAAGGGAGGUCAGAGGGGAAGGAACGAGAGCGCCAGCAGCCGCCGGAAGAACCUCAGACUGAGGAAGAAGCACUGAGCGUCGUCAUCACUCCAUCCCAUUUGUACCACUGCCCUCUUUGCGUGUUCAGAUUAUGUUUUGUUGUGCAAACAAACACAAACUCAGAUCUCGUUCACUGUGAGUCCUGUAGCACAGAUUAAAGACAGAGGAAUGUGCACAACACCACAAUAGUCCAGAAUAAGAAAAGAUGAAGGUUUAUGGCUGUAGUUUUUGGUAUAAAUGUAUUUAAAUAUAUUUUUUAUACUUUUAUACAACAUUUGAGGGAUGUUUCUUUGGUUUCAAACUGCUCCACAUUUUUAUUUAUUUGAUACAAAAAAGUAUUGUGACACUUGAGCAAUGUCAGUUUCUGAAAUAAGAAUGUUCAAAAACUUACCAAGAUUUAUUGUCAUUAAUCCAGACCUGGUGUAUGUUUCAGUCAUCACUGCCAAACAUAUUUUACCAAGAAACAUUCUCACAUUUCUGUGCAGUCUGCUCUCUCCCCCUUUUGCUCUCCAGGACCUUUAUUGCCCUAUUGAUGUAU